AUGAAAAGUCCAGAGGAAGUAUGGGUUGGUGAAAAUGUAACAGUGCAUGAGGGUUUGGACGACGAAGAUGUUCUACCUGUUAACUAUGACAUGGAUUUUUGGGGUCCGUUAAUUGAGGAGGAGAAAGGCGGGACCGACAUUGUAGAUGUAAUUUUAAGUGGAGGGGAUAGUGGUACACCUGGUGAUGCAUCUGUUGAUUCUGAAGGGUGGACACGAGCCGAUGCUUUUGAUCUGUUUAAAGGUGAUGAUGUCGGAGCAGGAGAGUCCAGUCGGGCGUCACCCCGUGAAGAAUGGCCGAAGUUUGACAUUCCUCCUUUGUUCGAUGAUACUAAGUAUGAGAGUGUUGACAUGCCUGACUUAGACUUGUCUGGGGACGACGACCGUCUGUAUGUGGGGAAGAUUUACGCUAGCAAGGAGGAGUGUAGAAUCGGCCUGGCUUUGUAUGCUAUUAAGCACAUUUUCACAUUUUAUCAGUCGACCACGAAGAAGAAUUAUUUUGUAGUCAGCUGCACGGAUCGGAAAUGUGAUUGGCGAAUUCUCGCGCAUGAAGUUAAAGAUUGUGGAUACUAUGAACUCGUGAAGAUGAAUUUAAAACAUAUUUGUGCGUUUGAAAUGCGUAACAAAUUCCGGAAGAAGGCAACUUCUAGAAUUAUAGCCGCCGUAUACAAAUCGAAAUAUGGGAAUCCCGAAAAUGGGCCGAAGGCAUUGUCGCUACAGCAGCUGGUAUUGGAAGAUCUGCGGGUUAAUGCGUCAUAUAUGAAAUGCCACCGAGCAAAGGAAUUUGCGGUUUUGGGAACGAGAGGGGAAGACAGUGAUUCAUAUAUGCGGCUUAGUCAGUAUUUAUAUCUGAUUAAGCUAGCUAACCCAGGUACUGUAACUGCAUUGGAAACAGAGAACGAUGAUGGUAUUGUCCGAUUCAAGUAUUGUUUUCUGGCAUUUGGGGCGUCGAUACAGGGAUUCAGGAAAGUGAGGCAUGUGCUCGUAUUGGAUGGAACUCAUUUGACAGGAAGGUACAAAGGCGUUUUGAUGACUUGUUGUGGACAAGAUGCGAAUUUCCAAGUGUUCCCAUUAGCAUUUGCUGUUGUUGAUAGUGAAAAUGAUGCUGCGUGGACAUGGUUCCUAGGUAAUGUAGCUCGUUUGAUUGCGGACAGCAAAUGCCUAAGUAUUAUAUCUGAUCGUUGCCCUUCAAUCUAUGUUGCAAAGAGGAAAGUAUUUCCAUUGGCUCAUCAUGGGUGUUGCAUUGUUCAUCUGGAGCGAAAUGUUGUUUCUAGAUUUAAGAGCAAAGGUUUGGCUAAAAUGGUUGGUUCAGCGGCAUUUUGUUAUAAACUUGGAGCUUUCAAGGAGGUUAUGAGUACUAUCCGUAUCAAGAGCCCCGCGUGCGCAAAGUACCUUGAUAGUAUAGGGUCUGCUCACUGGAGUAGAGCUUAUUUUAGCGGGAACCGAUAUAACCUAAUGACUAGCAAUGCCUGUGAGCAACUGAACAACGCUCUGAAGAAAGGCAGAUCUUCACCAAUAGUUGAGUUGUUGCAGUUUAUUCAAGCAAUGAUGAGUAGAUGGUUUGAGGCUAGAAUAAAGAAAGCAAGGAAGAGGAGAGGUAUGGUGAGUAUUGAGGUUGACAAAGAGAUGUUGGUUAAUUUUGCAAAUUGCAAAGGGAGUAAGCUUAACAAUAUAUCUAAUGUUAGCUGUCAAAUAGUUGAUCCAUACGGGGGAAAAAUGUUUGUUUGUUUAGCUGAUAGGAGUUGUACAUGCAAGAUGUUCGAUAAGCUGAAGUUUCCUUGUGGUCAUGCAUUGAUUGCUGCCGAUCACUUGGGAAUGCCUUGGGACAGUUUAGUGGCUGAUUGGUAUAAGACAAGUACUUGGAUCGAUACCUAUGCAGGCGUUAUUUAUCCUGAAGGCGAUGCUAAAGAUGUGGAUGUACCUGAUGAAGUUGAGAAUUUUAUUUUGUUCCCUCCACGCACGAGGAGGCCAUCAGGUCGUCCACCAACUGUGAGGAUACCAUCAACGGGAGAGGUGCCGGUGGUGAGAAAGCAAAAAGCAGUACCGAACAAGUGUACGAGAUGUUUCAAACCUGGGCAUAAUAGGACCCGAUGCAAUAACCCAAUAUGA